AUGGAUGGAAGGGCACUCACACCGCAGCCAGGCCGGAGGAGAAAAGACAGACAUGCACAUCAUCAGAUUGACACGCCAGUGGGAGGAGCACAACAAGGCUUUGGAGGAGCACCAGGAGGUCAAUUCGUCAAUGGGCAGGCGCAACAGCCAGGCGUAGAUGCAGCCAAUGCGCCGUGGCAGCAGACACCACAGCCAUGGCAAUCGCAACAACUCGCGCCGCCUGGUGGCCAGCCACAGCCUGCGCAUAUUCCUCCAGCAGGCACGCCGAUAAGUAUGGGCGCCGGUCAGCAGCCAGGUCCAGGAGGAGCCACCCAAGGACGAGUCAAUCCGGACCAGAUCCCGAGCGUGCCACUCAGUCGCGACACGGCAGCGGAGUAUUACAAAACUUCAGUUUAUCCUACGAUGGAGCAGCGUCUACCUCCGCCCGCCGUCGCUCCGAUUGUCGCGUUUGACCAAGGCAAUUCCGCACCCAAGCAUGCCCGAUUGACAUUGAACUGCAUACCAAACUCGCAAGAGCAACUGGCAACGACUGGCAUCCCACUCGGUGUUGUCGUGCAACCACUUGCGAAACAGGCAGAAGGCGAGACCGCGAUUCCCGUUCUGGACUUCGGCGAGACUGGACCGCCACGAUGCAGACGAUGCAGAGCCUAUGUCAAUCCAUUUAUGGUCUUCUCGAACGGCGGGAACCGCAUGACUUGCAAUCUUUGUGGUCACCCUAACGAGGUGGCUCCAGAGUAUUUCGCCCCUACGGACCCAUCUGGUAUGCGCGUUGAUCGGCAAGCUCGACCGGAGUUGCUGCUGGGAUCGUGCGAGUUCUUGGUCCCAAAGGAGUACUGGUCGAAACCACCAGUUGGAAUGCGGUAUCUCUUCCUUCUGGAUGUCAGCGCUGAGAGCUGUGCUCGUGGAUUCUUGAAAGCAAUGUGUGAUGGCAUACUGGCAGCGCUGUACGGCGACGACCUCGAAGUUGACACCGCAGAAAACGGGGAGUCAGAAAACGAGGAGAAGCCUCCUCGACCGACCAAAGUUCCAGCGGGUGCAAAAGUCGGCUUCAUCACCUUUGACAGGGAGAUCCACUUCUACAACGUCGGUAAGGAGUUGGCUGCACCGCAACAGCUCGUGAUGCCAGACCUGGAGGAUCCAUUUUCGCCGAUAUCGACCGAAUUUCUUUUCGUCGAUCCCGGCCAAAGCAAGUCCAAUAUUGUCAAAUUGGUCUCUCAACUACCUGGAAUGUUCGAGGCGAUCAGACAUGCAGAGCCGGCUCUUCUACCAUCACUGACAGCCGCUUUGACUGCGCUUGGCGAGACCGGCGGCAAAAUCAUCUGCAGCUUGGGUAGUUUGCCGACAUUUGGACCUGGCCGGCUUACAGUCCGCGACAAGGGAAUGCAGACAUCAACCAACGAUCACCCAGAGCAAGAAAAAGUGCUACUCCGGACGGAGAACCAAAGCUUCAAGAAAUUGCAGGCAGAUAUGGUCAAGGCUGGUGUGGGUGUCGACUUCUUUCUCACAUCACCAGCGGGCGGCUACCUUGACAUCGCCACUGUUGGCACGGUCGCGGAGAAGACCGGCGGCGAGACCUUCUACUUCCCGAACUGGGCGUAUCCCCGAGACAUCCUCAGACUCCAGAAGGAGAUCAGCCAUACCGUGCAACGAGACCAAGGGUACGCAGCGCUGAUGAAGGUGCGAUGCAGCAAUGGCCUCCAGAUCGCAAAUUACAGUGGCAACUUCACACAGCAUACGUUCGGCGCAGAUCUCGAAAUGGGAUCUGUGACCGAGGACAGCGCCAUGUCCGUGACCUUCACCUACGAUGGCAAGCUGGAGCCUCGCCACGAUGCCCACUUCCAGUCCGCCCUGCUCUAUACCACCACUUCCGGUCAACGACGAGUACGAUGCACGAACGUGGUCGCCACUGUCUGCGAGAAUGCCCGUGACAGCAUGCGCUUCGUUGAUCAAGACGCAGUUCUCUCCGUCCUCGCCAAAGAAGCUGCUUCCCGCGUGCCCGACCGAUCCCUCGCCGAGACACGCCAGUGGCUGCAAGACAAGACGACAGAAAUCCUCGCCGCCUACAGAAGAAACCAUGCCGGUAUCCACCCUCCAGGCCAACUCGUCAUGCCGGAGAACCUCAAAGAAUUCGCCAUGUACGUUCUCGGCCUCCAGAAGUCCCGUGCCCUCAAAGGCGGCAAAGAACCUUCCGAUCGCCGCAUAUACGAACUUCGCACUCUCAAGGGCAUGGGUGCUGGAGAGCUAAGUCUUUACCUCUACCCUCGUAUCCUCGCACUACACAACCUCGAUCCAUCCGAAGGUUUCGCCGACGACAAUGGACACCUGAAGAUGCCACAAGGCGUGCGCGCCAGCUUUGCGAAUAUCGAAGAAGGCGGCGCAUAUCUCGUUGACAACGGUCAAAUGCUCAUACUCUGGCUGCACCAAGCUGUCAACCCGAACUUACUUGAAGAUCUCUUUGGCGAGGGUCUCGAUGCGCUUGACAAGCUGGAUGCGAAUCUCAACGCUUUGCCCGUGCUGGACACGCACCUCAACGCUCAGGUUCGGAACAUUAUGCUUGCACUCGAGCAGGGUACUGGCACCGGUCGUGGGUCGAAGGGUUUGGCGAUCCAGCUUGCAAGACAAGGUCUCGAUGGCGCAGAGUUCGAAUUCGCGAGGUUGCUUUAUGAGGAUCGUAAUGGCGAGGCGAGUAGUUAUGUCGACUGGCUAGUGAUGUUGCAUCGCGGCGUGGGCACAGAGGUAAGUUUUUGA